AUGAUGACGGCGAUCUGCAGUUCAUUAGAUCCUCUUCGACAAAAAAACAACAACCGAUUCGCCAGAUCAAGCAAUCCAAAGUUGUUGAAUUGUGCCCAUUAUCGAAAGCUGGCGAGGAAUGUAACAGAUGCCGGGUGGAGGACCAGGUUGGAGGUAAAAACUUCAACUGCCACUGUGGUGCCAAAACCAUUUGGCUUAAUGGUGGCCGUGUUAGACCAGCAACAGCUCACUGGUCCACCGACAUGUAAAAACAAAACCGGUGGCCUCAAGAAGACUACGGACUUGACUUCGUUUUUUGGACGGUUGGUAACUUCUAGAAACAUGAACACGAUAUCAUGUCCAGGACUCAACGAUGUCACUUGGGAACGAGAACGAGCUACACAUUCAAUCGCAGAUUUCAUAUCAAAAACAUGUACUCUCUAUCGUGGAAACAAUCGACACAAGAUCUGCAAGGAACUCUUUGGAAGCCAGGCUCAAGAGAGCCAAUUGACUGCUGAGCAGAAAUCUCAUUUGAUCACUACACUCGAUGCUCGAUCCAAAUGGGAAGUCAAGCGCCAUGGCGAGCGGAGUUCAAUUUACUCAAGCAAUUGUGAAAGGACUUUUAUUUGCAAAAACACUGAAAAGAACGCUGUCUGUCCAGCUUGUGAAGAACUCAAAGGCCUCCGUAGCUUAAUUGGAGCCCUCAAUAAAGAUUAUGCUGAAAAAGACAAGCUCAAGUUCACUCGUGACACCUACUUAUCAGAUAAUAUCAAUACAUUUUCACCCACCUUACUAAAAUCUACCGACGCUCGACUCCUUUCAAAUUCAGUCGAAAAGGCUUCAAAAGGCGAUUUCUCUGACUUUUGCACAGUUCUCGCUGCUUCGGCUCGGAAUGGAUUGUUUGACAAUCGUGAUGCAACACGCGGUUUGAUUAAGGCCGUUGCGGUGAAGGCUGCACGCGAAAACGCAGGAAAGACCACUCGAGCCAUCAGCCCGCGCGCUCUAAACCUCUUCAACGAUAACUUCGCAGGACGUGGAAAUCGUAGUCUGCGAAUGAAGCGAGCGAAAGACGGGAUGCAUCUAGUCGAUGGUCUUCAAAUUGUUAAUUUCAAUUGUAUUGCCCAAGUUCUCAAGGAUCUUGGUUAUUCUGGACCAGUAGCAGCUGCUUCUGACCAGACUGUGUGUGUAAAGCGGCUUCGGCAUCAUGAUGGUCAUUUGGUUGGGGCGCAAGGUGGGGAUAUAUCAUUUGAUGAUCCUUCUGAGCUUCCAGCGCUCGUAAAAUCAGUGGUCAAAAAUAAAGAACUUUGCUCAAAGAUUCGAGCUUACACUUUGCAAGUUCCUUUGCCUAAUAUCCCAACGUUUGUUGUAGCUCUCAUCGCUAGUUGCGAUAAGGAAACAUCAAAUGACAUCGUAGAAAGCCACCUCAAGUUCUUGGAACUGUCUCAAGAGGCUGGAAUCAAUAUCCUUUCAGUUGGUGCAGACGGCGCACCAACUGAACUUUGCGCUCAAAAUGCUCUCACGGAUACGGCUUCUCAGUUUAUUAGUUACUCGAACUCACGUUACGAUGUCCAUGUCAAGGUGCCUUUGAUCGGUCAUCCCCCACGACCCGUUGUAAUGGUGCAGGAUCCUAAGCACGCUCGUAAAACUGGUGCAAACCAGUUGAGCUCUGGAGCUUGUCUUCUUGUCAUGGUAGGAGAAAUGUGUGAUGCGUGGUUAAAUCGAUGGAUUGGCCAUCGAGAGCGCAUCCGAUCAGCUUGGACUGCGGAUUUCUUUUUUCGACACUGGAAGAAUUACCUCCUCAAACAACAAGCCGAGCCUCAUAAGCUAAUGAGCUUCGCUCACAACUGCAUAUCGCCUCAAAGUUUUAAGAUUUUUUCAACCCUAGCAACAUCUCUACUCCAGCUUGUCAUAGCUCAUCGAGAGUUUUAUCCGACCAUCCCUUUGCUCCCUUGGAAACAUGGUAGCGAGCCUUGUGAACACGUUUUCGGCUGGAUGUGUGUAAUAUCUCCAAGAUUCACCGUUCUCGACGCUAGAAUGAUGAUGCCCAAAAUCCAUGCCAUUGUCAAGAAUAUCAUGUCGGGCAGAAUGAAGAUACCCUCAUCAGAACACAUGCAUUCUGGAUAUCAAUAA